AUGGCGGCGGCGGAGUCCAAGCCCCCGGCGGGCGCGGCCGCGGCCCGGCGCCUGGCCCGGAGCUGCUGGUCUGCCUUCUGGGACUACGAGACGCCCAAGGUGAUCGUGGUGCGGAACCGGCAGCUGGGCGUCGUGUACCGCGUGGUGCAGCUGCUCAUCCUGCUCUACUUCGUGUGGUACGUGUUCAUCGUGCAGAAGAGCUACCAGGACCGGGAGACGGGUCCCGAGAGCUCCGUCAUCACCAAGGUCAAGGGCAUCACCUCCUCGGAGCACAAAGUGUGGGACGUGGAGGAGUACGUGAAGCCCCCGGAGGGAGGCAGCGUGUUCAGCAUCAUCACCAGGAUCGAGGCUACCCCCUCCCAGGCGCAGGGCACCUGUCCGGAGAGCACGAGGGUCACCAACGCCACCUGCCACUCAGAUGAGGACUGCGUGGCCGGGGAGCUGGACAUGCUGGGGAACGGUGUCCGGACGGGGCGCUGUGUACCCUAUUAUCACGGGGACUCCAAGACCUGCGAGGUGUUCGGCUGGUGCCCAGUGGAAGAUGGGGCCUCCGUCAGCCAGUUUCUUGGCAAGAUGGCCCCCAAUUUCACCAUCCUCAUCAAGAACAGCAUCCACUACCCCAAGUUCCAGUUCUCCAAGGGCAACAUUGAGAUGCGGAAGGACGGCUACCUGAAGCACUGCCUGUUCGACGAGGCGUCCCACCUGUACUGCCCCAUCUUCCGGCUGGGCUUCAUCGUGGAGCAGGCCGGGGAGAACUUCACCGAGCUGGCCCGCACGGGGGGUGUCAUUGGGGUCAUCAUCAACUGGGACUGUGAUCUGGACCUGCCGGCAUCCAACUGCAACCCCAAGUACUCCUUCCGGAGACUCGAUCCCAAGCACACCCCGGCCUCCUCUGGCUACAACUUCAGGUUUGCUAAGUAUUACAUGAUAAACGGCAGCACCACCCGCACCCUCAUCAAGGCCUACGGGAUCCGCAUUGAUGUCAUUGUGCACGGACAGGCGGGCAAGUUCAGCCUGAUCCCCACCAUCAUUAACCUGGCCACGGCGCUGACCUCCAUCGGGGUGGGCUCCUUCUUGUGCGACUGGAUCUUGCUAACGUUCAUGAACAAAAACAAAGUCUACAGCCACAAGAAAUUCGACAAGGUGUGUACGCCACAGCACUCCCCGGGUAGCUGGCCUGUGACCCUGGCCCUUGUUCUGGGCCAGGCCCCUCCGCCCCCCUGUACCUGCUCUACAGACCCGGGCAGACCACAGAAUGGGGGGCAGAGCCAGGCCCAGGCUGUCCCACCAUCACGGCUUGGCCCCACCUCUGCCCCAUCUGAGCAGAUGGUGGACACUCCUGAUCGGGGUGCAGGACCAGGGCCCGGGGCCUCGGCGCCUCCCCAGCAGGACUCCACGCUCACAGACCCCCGAGGUUUAGCCCAGCUCUGAGCCCCCUCCACCCCUCACUGCAAAGGCUGGCCUGAAGCAGGUGGGACCAGCAUGGAGCCCAUCCCUGCCCACACUCGCCUUCUCACAGCUGGGAACCAAGGGCCCCAUGCAGCUGGGCAGUGGGCUGAAAGGGGGUAGCACUCUGCUCCCAGCCGCCCCCCCCCCCAUGUUCACUCCUCCCGCCCACGCCCGCUGCCGGGCUCCUAGCCAGAACCCAAUAAACCUGUGCCCAGUACCACCGUGCCCUGUGUUUUGAGAAAAGCGUGGAGGCCGUGGAGACAGACACACAGCAGGAGGUCCCUGUGCAGGGGCUGCAGGUGCCUAGCCAGCCACGCAGGGCCCAGGCUCCCGGCUGCCCUGGUCCAGCCUGGCCCAGCACAUCUGACCGGGGCCAGCGGGGGUGGGGUGGGGCAGGCUGGGUGCAUGACGACCCUGCCUUGUCUCAGCACUGCCCUGGUCUGUGCCUUCACCAGCUCCCUGUAGGGGUCAGCCCAGCCCCACAUAAGGGAAAGGAUGGCAGCCAGGAGGGAGGGUUGAGUGGUACCAGGGAAAGCUGCUGGGCUGCCACUGGUGUGGUGAGUGGGUGGGCAGGGAGGAGCACUAGCCCCGCCAGGCCUGUGGGUAACCUGGCUCCGUGUCCUCAGGUACAACUCAUCACACUGAGCAGCACAGCAGUUUGGCUGGACAUGGUUUCUCUAGCAACAGUGGUGGCGUGUGCAGAUGUGAGGAGGCAUGAGCCAAGCACCUUACACAGACCUCACCAGGGGUCCCAUCAUUCCCAAGCUCC